AGAGGCAAACACGCAACUGCCGAGCCACGUCGGGCGGGGCACUGCGUAGCGUAUUCUGAUUGGUCGCCUCGGCUUCUCGCCCGCCGCCCGUGUAGAGCGGCCAAUCAGGCGUGCGUUUGUAUCUCCCUUCCCGCACCCCGCAGCCACGAAACGACGACGGCUCACGAAUACCGACCCGAUUCGACACGACUGUGAGUGCCUUAGUUACUUCACACGCGUUCUGAUAGCCGGUCGCUUUCGCUGACGUUUUCAGUGAAAUUUAAAUAAGCUGGACCACUUUCGCGACUGAAUCUCUGUCAUCUUAAAACGACGUAGUCAAUUCGUUCGUCAUCGGAGCUGUGUUGUGCCGCCACUAAACAGUAUCGAGCGGUUGUUUGGAGACCGGUGGCGCGCUCUGUCGGUGCGGCGAGGAGUGACGCAAGCGGGACGCGCGGGGCGAGGACCGCCUCCCCCUACUUCAGUUUCUGCCGAGAGAUCAUACGAGGAGGCCGCGUCGUGCGACUUCAAAAUCAAGGGACGUUCGCGCGGCAAGUUUAAACUGUGACAGUGUGUGUUGACAAGAACAGUGUACUGGAUUGCGGUGCCUAACCAUUUGGAUGCAGUGAUCGGAUCACACUAACUGGAUUGCAGUGUUUCUCUUGGAUCUGUUGUACAAAUUUGGCCGGCAAACUGGGGAUGCACAAGAUGGGCCUCGGCGACAGCGUGUACGCCGCCGAGCGUAUCAUGAAGAAGAGAAUUAAAAAGGGCAAGGUGGAAUACUACGUGAAAUGGAAAGGCUGGAAACCGAAGCACAACACCUGGGAGCCGGAGGAGAACAUUUUAGAUCCGAGGCUGAUCCAAAGCUUCGAGAGGGGAGAGGAUUCGAAGAGGCCAGGGAGAGAAAGGAAACGCGAGCGCGAGCACUCACCCGAGAGAGCCCGCAGCGGGUCCGACGAGAGGGCACCGCUGCCCGGCAAGCGCAAGGCGCAGGUCCUAUCCCAAGAAUCGGGAAAGAUUGGAGUGACUAUAACUAUGAGCCCACAGAGGAAUCGCGCGCCACCGCCAGUGCAGCCUUCGCCAGCCGCGCCGGCUGGAGGCGCUGCCGCCCCCGCGUCACCCGCCGCCGAAGCGGCCGCCCCCAAAACGGGCCAGCGACGAGUACCGCAUUCACCCGAAGAAGCCGACGCUCACACGCCUCCAGAACGCGAAAGGCGCACGCAGACGCAGCCUGAAGCGAAAGCCCCCGCGGAGCCCAAAGGCGCGCGACCACCUCCACCCGCACCUCAAGAAGACGAGGAUUCCUGGAGCGAACCUGCUGCGGUUGCAGCACCGGUCCCCCAGCCGCGCCGCGGCGCCGCCUUCUGGAUGGCGCGAUCUCCUGUAGCAGACCAGAUCUUCAUCACCGACGUCACAGUCAACCUUCAAACCGUCACGAUCCGCGAGUGCCGCACGGAGCGCGGGUUUUUUCGUGCCCGAGAAUCUCGCCCCCUCGAUGUUACGUAGACUAUCCUGUAUUAAUUUAUUAGUGAUGGACAAUGUACAGUAGCUAGUUAUUUAGUGAUAACAACCGGAAUCUCGACUCCCGUAGACCGUACAACCGUCUAAUGUCAAGCUAGGUUUAUCUUGAUGCGUCUAACUAUGACGAGCUUGUUAGUCACAGACUUAGCAUGAUCCAUUGCCGACGGAGUACGUAGACUGUCCCCAAAGUUUAUUGAAAGCCUAAUGCUGGACAAAGUGAUUGUCAAUUGUUAACUAUACUUAGAUUAUUUAGUUGUUAUUCAAUUGGUUCGGCUGAGGGCAUUAUAAAGGACGUUAAAUACAAAUGUGAGGACAACCUCGUUGGAAAAUGUAUGCAAUAAUAAAUUAAUGUAUUUAAUAUGAAUUUGCUAACGAGCCUUUAUAAGUCCCAAUUUAAUAAACCCAAUUAGUAAAAUCUAAUAUCGGUUUUUAUGAUAAAUGUACAAAUGUCAGGACCUGCGACUAAAUGCCAAGUGACUACAUGGUACCUAAAAUUA